CUCCUCCUCCGUUUCCUUCACCGGAAUCCCAAUUCUUCCACCGCCCUCUCAGAGAUUACAAUGGAGACUCCGUCGUCGAUCAGGCGCUUAACUCGAUCCCAAACUCUCGCUGCUACAAACUCCGUCAACAACAGGACGGUUGAGGAUUGUGACAAUAAUGGCUUAUGGAAAUCCCAGGAGCGGAGUCGAAAUUCGCAAGAUUUGGCCGGGGCGAAAGGGAAAGAUCGAUCGGCACUUAUUGACAUUACUAAUGACUCCCCCAUUGUCAGCUUGGCAGCGGGGAAUUUGACGACACCGAUAUCGUCUGCGACGAAACAGAGGAGUUUUCGGCCGAAGAUGAUGACUCCCGGAUCAGGAGAAGCCUUAUUGAGAGGGCAAGUGAAAACCCUUUUGCAGAAAGUGGAAGAAGAAGCUGAAAUUUCUAAGCUUUCUUUAGAUAGCUGGCCGGUGGGACUUCUCGACCCGAUCCCGGCAAACACGCUGCAGAUCUUGAAUACGUCUCGGGAUGGAGAUCUUUUCGAUAUCACAAACGAUAAUCCCGUUGAUGUUGAUCUGUUUAACGCAAAGAAACAAGAAGAAAAUCAGAUUACUCGGUCUCUAUUGUUGGAUUUCGCUGAGAAAUCCGAGAUAAUCGAUGAAGAUACAUCAUCAGAUUGCUCAUCUGUUCUCGCCCGUCAAGAGAAGUUGUCGUCGUUGUCGCCGUCGCUGUCUCAAGAUGACGGCGUCUCUUCUCUGUGGUCGAUUCAAGUGAACGCAAGCAGCCACGGCGAAGACGUGGAUAAAGAAGAGCUGAUCGAACCCGAGGAAGAGGAAGAAGACAACGAAGACGGGUUGGUAGACGAGCUUUGUUGGGGACUUAGUAAAAUUAGUGUGAACGAGAAGGGGAAAGCAAAGAAUUUUACGGGGAAGCACACGAGGUUCGUGUACGAUAGUGAAGAUGAAGUGAUUGAGGAAGUUAGUGACGAGAGCCAUGACGAGGUGUCACCAAGCGUCCUCCGUUUGAAGGGAGUACCGACGCCCAAAGGAAAACAUUUACGAUUCCAAUGUGAGAGCGAAUAGUUAAAAAAACAAGAUUCGAUUGAAAUAUGUAAUGUUGUCUUUCUUUGACAACGGCUGUUUUUUAGUGUUGUUUUUCUUUGCCUUUUGCUUUGUUUGUUGCUAUGAUAAUUACUAUAUUUUACGAGA